CCUGCCCUCUGCCUUACAUGUGUGUGGCAACACUGGAGCGUCCCCAUCCUAGCCUCUCCUCCUUAGGGCUGGACUGGGGCAAAAGAAUCAGGUUGGGCAUUUCCUUUUUUUACUUUUUUAUUUACACUUUUACAUACAUCACACGAACAUCACACACAACGUUGAUGGUGACCAAGACCGGUCCGCCAGGCAAUUGAGAGAGACGAUGGAGCCUGUGACAACAUUUUAGUCAUCUAUUAUGAGCUGUUUUGACCACAACAGGCAAAAUGACUUAAAUUAAAUUAUUAUUUCAAUCUGACUCGGACAGGCCAGCUGUAGCGGCAUGAGGGCUAAAGGGCCGUACACACACAUAGCUCCUAUUUACUAGCUUCUCGCUUGCUCGCCUACUCGCCUCUAUUUCAUGGAACGUUCGCCGAAAGUUCCCGCGGUUUUAACUGCCAAUGAACAGGCGAUAAGUACCGAACUCUGCCUUCCAAUUGGUUACUCGCUUACUCGCCUCGCUCGAAGAUAAAAUAUUUUCAACUCGGGAUCCGCCCACAUCGCAUCGCUUGUACAGUACUCGCCUACUCGCCUGCUAGUCUCGCUGGAACACAUUAACAUUCUAUUGAGUUCAUUCGUUGAGCGAGUAACUAGCAGCGACGUGUGUGUACGGCCCUUGACACCACUACACUGAGGGAAGGACCAGGCCAAAAUCAUCAACAGUCUAUCGGGCAAAUGCCCUGUAUGCCUAAUGGCCAAUCCAGCUGUGCUCCUCCUUCUUCUUCCUGUCAGCUUCACACUAGCCCAAAAUGCUGCAACUCUUUUGAGGAAACUGCUCAAUGAUUCCACUGAAGCUUUCUGUUUUGGUUUCCCACACAUGUGCUGUUCCUAUUCGCUUUGGACAGCGUUCAUCUUUCAGUGUCACAGUCAUAAUCACCGCUUUGUCGAGAUUAGUAUGACAAAGCGGUAUGACGUUAAAGCACUUUGGAUAUAGCGUAAGAGAAUGACAGAUCAUGGGGGUGGGGGCAGAGAGAGAGAGAGGGGGAGAGAGAGGAGUAGGAAAGGGAGAGAGACAAAGGGUGAGAGACAACGGGAGAGAGAGAGAGAGAGACAGAGGUCCAUUUUCAGCUAAUCCACCCCAGACCUCCGGGCUCGUCCGCUGUGAUCUGUGUGCUUUACUCUGUGCGCUGGGAUCUGUGAUCUUUUCACUGUGAUGUGAGCUGGCAUCCCUGGGGGCAGUCUGUGUUGGAUCGGAGGCGGCCGUGGGGGGCUCUGGUGGCCCCUGUCUGAGCCACCAUGUUCAGGGUGUCCCCUCGGCCCCGAGGCCGGCGCCCGUACUUCGACUUCAGUGAAGAGGUGGUCAAGGCCAAGGGGACUGACCUGCCCACUGUCAGCUUUGACGUUGAGAAUGGGGCGUCGGGCGGCUGCAGCCCGCUGGACCCCCAGGUGUCCCCCGGCUCCGGGCUGGUGCUGCACCCCAACAUGGCCAAUCACGGCCAGCGCCGAGAGUCCUUCCUCUACCGCUCCGACAGCGACUACGACCUCUCGCCCAAGUCCAUGUCCCGCAACUCCUCCAUUGUUGGCGAGCUACAUGGAGAAGACCUGAUAGUCACACCAUUCGCUCAGGUACUUGCCAGUCUUCGGACCGUGAGGAACAAUGUCACCGCCUUGACGAAUGUACAGUGUCCAUUAAACAAGAGGUCCCCAGUUGCUAAUCAGCCUGCGUCAGCAAAGCUCUGUCCUUCAGACGAGUCCUACCAGCGGCUGGCAGUGGAGACCAUGGAGGAGCUGGACUGGUGCCUGGACCAGCUGGAGACCAUCCAGACAUACCGCUCCGUCAGUGACAUGGCCUCCAACAAGUUCAAGAGGAUGUUGAACCGAGAACUUACUCAUCUGUCCGAGAUGAGCCGUUCUGGGAACCAGGUGUCAGAGUACAUCUCCAACACCUUUUUGGACAAGCAGAAUGAGCUGGACAUCCCCUUGCCCCCGUCGAAGGCCCGUGAGAGGAAGCGACGGCACCAGCAGCAGCAUCAUCACCAUCAGCAGCAGCAGCUCAUGAUGAGUCACAUCACUGGGGUGAGGAAGGUCACGCACGGGCCCAGCAUCACCGGAGGCUGCAGCAGCGUCGGCCGCUUCGGGGUCAAGACGGACAUGGAGGACCUUCUGGCAAAGGACCUUGAGGAUAUCAACAAGUGGGGUUUGAACAUAUUCAGGAUAGCUGAGCAUUCCCAUCGGCGGCCCCUCACCUGCGUCAUGUACGCCAUCUUCCAGGAGAGGGACCUGAUGAAGACGUUUAAGAUUCCCAUGGACACGUUUGUGACGUACAUGAUGACGCUGGAAGACCACUACCACUCGGACGUGGCCUACCAUAACAGCCUGCACGCAGCUGACGUGGCCCAGUCCACACACAUCCUGCUCUCCACUCCCGCUCUGGACGCAGUCUUCACUGAUCUGGAGAUUCUGGCGGCCAUCUUUGCUGCUGCGAUCCAUGAUGUGGACCAUCCGGGUGUCUCCAACCAGUUCCUCAUCAACACCAAUUCUGAGCUGGCCCUCAUGUACAAUGAUGAGUCGGUGCUGGAGAACCAUCACCUGGCUGUGGGCUUCAAGCUGCUGCAGGGGGAGAACUGUGACAUCUUCCAGAACCUCACCAAGAAACAGCGGCAGAACCUGCGGAGGAUGGUCAUUGAGAUGGUCCUGGCCACAGACAUGUCAAAACACAUGAGCUUACUAGCAGACCUGAAGACGAUGGUGGAGACGAAAAAGGUCACAAGCUCUGGAGUGCUGCUGCUAGACAACUACACGGAUAGGAUACAGGUCCUCCGUAACAUGGUGCACUGUGCGGACCUGAGCAACCCCACCAAGCCCUUGGAGCUGUACCGGCAGUGGACGGACCGCAUCAUGGAGGAGUUCUUCCACCAGGGCGACCGCGAGAGGGACAGAGGCAUGGAGAUCAGCCCCAUGUGUGACAAGCACACCGCCUCCGUGGAGAAGUCGCAGGUGGGCUUCAUCGACUACAUAGUGCACCCUCUGUGGGAGACGUGGGCGGACCUGGUGCACCCGGACGCCCAGGACAUCCUGGACACGCUGGAGGAGAACAGGAACUGGUACCACAGCAUGAUCCCCCAGAGCCCCUCGCCGCCCUACUGCGACGGGGAGGACGGCACGGGCACGGGUUCGACCGGGGACAAGUUCACCUUUGACCUGGGCUUGCACAGGGACGCGGGAGACGAGGAGGAGGAGCAACAGGGGGGUGAGCAGCAACAGCAGCUCGGCACACGGACUCAGCAGCAACAUGGCGGGCACACGUCUCCGCCGCGCGUGGAGAUCAUCACCCCCUCGCCUGUGGACACGUAGUAUUGUCUCAACAGCGCGCCGCUUUGAUGACGGCAGCGUCGAGUUUAGAGUUUAUUUUUCAUUUCUUCGAAAAGGAGAAGCAAGGGAAGCAGGAAAUAAAGGCCUCUCGGAGGUGCUGGUCUUCAGAGGAAGCGUUUGAGCACCUGAGCGAGGAAGACUGUCGUCACGAGGGCACUGCAGGUGGAUGUGACGCCGUUUGCGCGUGUCACAGCCUCUCGAGAAGAUGUGGGGAAUUUCCCGCGCAGGCAGCCAGACGCAGUUCUCUUUUCCACUGCCGUGCCGAGUCAGAGAGACCUCACCUGCAGAUGCAGGAAGUGAAGGCAAAUUAAACUGAAGAGGAGAGGACUAACAGGUUCAUGAAGUAAUAAGCCUUUGGUAUGCCGGACUGGGACAGGAACCUCCAACCACUAGGUCCUUAGAUUUUGCAUUGGACUUUAAGGAGUUUACUUUUGUACCACAAGCCUGAAGGACUUUAUCUGUACAAAUGACAAUGAUUUGUAUUUUUUAUUUUUUUUGCAAGUAAUUUAUUUUGAAUUGCGACUCCAGUUUAAAGAGUCUUUUGUUAGUGCUAUCUUGGUACUGAGAGCAGUUGUCUUCCAGGAUGUAUGUGCAAGAGUGGAGGAUGAAUAGACAGUUAUUACUGUACAGAACACAUCAGGCACUUCACUAGUGUGCAGAGCACACAAAAAUAAACCAAGCUAUUCUGAAAAGCAUACUGCGGAAACUGGUUAAUUCACAGCAACUAAAGUUGAUUCCAAAACGCAGGAAAUCCUACGUUUGACGAAUAAAGGCACUUUAGAAGUAGCACUUGGUGUACUUCGAGACAGACAUAUUAGCAUCUAAAUUAGAUGUCCACUUUAUGUAACACCAAUUUUGAAAAUACUCUCAAUUAGCUAAGAAAUCUCAGAAAAUCUGAGAUCUUGUACUCAGUUAGUAGUGAAAUAUUUGAGUUUAAUGUGUGUUUAGUGGCUUGAAUUAUAUAGGAGAGAAAAAAAGCAUGUGACCAUUUUUUUGGGAGUCAUAAAAUAAGUUUGUCAGCAGUUACAAACAGCCUCAAUGUUCUGCCUAGCAUGCCCUGUAUCAGGCUAAUUAACAUUUUGUCCUAUGCUAGGAGCAAGUUUGCCACACACCACACCACUCAUUUUACGUACUGUUGAUAUAAUUUACGAAAAAUGUUUUAACUUUGAUCAAAUACUUCACUGCUGAUAUUUCAGCAUUAAAUAAUAUGCUGUAUUUGUAAUAAUAUUUUCCAUUGUGUAUGCUGCUAUCCUAAGCUUUGAUGUCUCAUCUUUGUCCAUGUGUACAGUAUGAUCAUUCUCUAUUCAUUUAAAAUUCAGUGUUGGUACACAGUAUUUAUACUUGGGGAUCUAUCAAAUACAUCUGUGAAAGAUCCAAUGCUAUUGUCUUAUUUCAACAGCAGAAUGCACUACUUUGGAUAUUCUGAAUGGAAUACGAGGGGAAUCUUGGUCUUUUCUAUGGUUUUUAUAUUGUUCAUUGCUAAACUUUGAGCAGAUCCCAAAUAGCUUGUUGACUAAAUCGAACAAAAAUUAAAUAAGUGAAAGUCUAUCAUGCAGAUGUGGACAGCAGUAUGUUUUUUUGUUUUCUCAAAAGCAUUGACAUGUAUUUGGUUAUACACAAGGGUCUUGUUUGAGUAGAUAGCAAGAAUCUUCAUAUUUGGCAAAAAAAAGUCACAUUCAGAACCAUUAAUGAAGCUCUGCACUAUCUGCACAAUUUGUUUUGUAAUAAAGAAAAUGUUUCCCGUUUUCAAAUAAAUGUUUGAAUCUACA